GGCCGGGGCCGGGGGGGGAUGCGCGCUCGCGUCUCUGAUUCGCCGGGAGGCGGGGGGCGGGCGCUACCCGGCGGACCGCGGGGACGAUUGGCCGGUGGGUGUCUCUCGAGGCGUCCGGAUUGGCCGUCAGGGUUCUGGCAGGUUCCAGAAGCGGCGGCGGCGGGCAUAAAAGAGGCGGCGGUGGCGCGGGCCGGGCACAUCGCGCCGCGGCGGCAGCGGGAACGGGCGGGGGAGGCACGGACGAGGCAGCAGCGCACAGAGAACCGACACCAUGUCUGCCAAAGGGCCGGCCAUCGGCAUCGAUCUGGGCACCACAUACUCCUGCGUGGGCGUAUUCCAGCACGGCAAGGUAGAGAUCAUUGCCAACGACCAGGGCAACCGCACCACACCCAGCUAUGUGGCGUUCACUGACACCGAGAGGCUCAUCGGUGAUGCUGCCAAGAACCAGGUGGCGAUGAACCCCACCAACACCAUCUUCGAUGCCAAGCGCCUCAUCGGCCGCAAGUAUGACGACCCCACAGUGCAGUCAGACAUGAAGCACUGGCCCUUCCGUGUGGUGAACGAGGGCGGCAAGCCCAAGGUGCAGGUGGAGUACAAGGGGGAGAUGAAGACUUUCUUCCCAGAGGAGAUCAGCUCCAUGGUGCUCACCAAGAUGAAGGAGAUUGCUGAGGCCUACCUGGGGCGCAAGGUGCAGAACGCUGUGAUCACGGUGCCGGCAUACUUCAAUGACUCCCAGCGCCAGGCCACCAAGGAUGCUGGCACCAUCACUGGCCUCAACGUGAUGCGCAUCAUCAAUGAGCCCACAGCAGCUGCCAUCGCCUAUGGCCUGGACAAGAAAGGAACCCGGGCCGGAGAAAAGAACGUGCUCAUCUUCGACCUGGGAGGGGGCACUUUUGAUGUGUCCAUCCUUACCAUUGAGGAUGGGAUCUUUGAGGUGAAGUCCACGGCUGGUGACACCCACCUGGGUGGGGAGGACUUUGACAACCGCAUGGUGAACCACUUUGUGGAAGAGUUCAAGCGCAAGCACAAGCGCGACAUCGCUGGCAACAAGCGGGCGGUGAGGCGGCUGCGCACGGCUUGUGAGAGGGCCAAGCGCACCCUCAGCUCCUCCACGCAGGCCAGCAUUGAGAUUGACUCCCUUUUUGAGGGCAUUGACUUCUACACCUCCAUCACUCGUGCCCGCUUCGAGGAGCUCAAUGCUGAUCUCUUCCGUGGCACCCUGGAGCCGGUGGAGAAGGCUCUGCGUGAUGCCAAACUCGACAAGGGCCAGAUCCAGGAGAUUGUGCUGGUGGGUGGCUCUACUCGUAUCCCCAAGAUCCAGAAGCUGCUACAGGACUUCUUCAAUGGCAAAGAGCUCAACAAGAGCAUCAACCCCGAUGAGGCUGUGGCUUACGGUGCUGCCGUGCAAGCAGCUAUCCUGAUGGGAGACAAGUCUGAGAACGUGCAGGAUCUGCUGCUGUUGGAUGUCACCCCUCUGUCCCUGGGCAUCGAGACAGCUGGAGGAGUGAUGACUGCUCUCAUCAAGCGCAACACCACCAUCCCCACCAAACAAACUCAGACCUUCACCACCUACUCAGACAACCAGAGCAGCGUCCUUGUCCAGGUGUAUGAGGGUGAGAGGGCCAUGACGAAGGAUAACAACUUGCUGGGCAAGUUUGACCUCACAGGCAUCCCCCCGGCACCCCGAGGAGUCCCCCAGAUCGAGGUCACUUUCGACAUCGACGCCAAUGGUAUCCUGAACGUCAGUGCCGUGGACAAGAGCACAGGGAAGGAGAACAAGAUCACCAUCACCAACGACAAGGGUCGCCUCAGCAAGGACGACAUCGACCGCAUGGUGCAAGAGGCAGAAAAGUACAAGGCAGAGGAUGAAGCAAACAGAGAUCGGGUGGCAGCCAAGAACUCCCUCGAGUCCUACACUUACAACAUGAAGCAGACAGUGGAGGAUGAAAAACUGAAGGGAAAGAUCAGUGACCAGGACAAGCAGAAGGUGCUCGACAAGUGCAAGGAGGUGGUCUCUUGGCUCGACCGCAACCAGAUGGCUGAGAAGGAGGAGUACGAGCACAAGCAGAAAGAGCUGGAGAAACUCUGCAACCCGAUCGUCACAAAAUUGUACCGGGGAGACGGAGGGGCUGGGGCAGGCGGCUCCGGUGGCCCCACCAUCGAAGAAGUAGAUUAAAGAAGACUGAAGCACAGACUGGUUUAUGGACAGUUGCUCCGUUCUCUGCUUUGUUUUUUUUUUUCUUCUAACGUUUAAGGAAAACGUCCUUGCCGAUAACAGAGUUUAUUCUGUUGGGUGUGUAUAAAGGCAGAUCUGUCAGCUUGGUUUUGAUAAGAGGGAAGGCACGUCCUGCUUUAUAAGGUUAGUAAUAGACAAGUUUUGUUAAUUCAGAUACAGCUGUUUGUACUCUGGAUGUUUGUCUCUGUCUCUAUUCUUAAAGUUACCACUUGAUUGUUGCAGUUGACAAGUUUCAAGUUAUGCAUGAAAAUCUUUACAGAAGAUUAAAAGAGAAAAUGCCAAAUUCGGUUCUGGAAAUUUUGGUUAUAAAUAAAAUGUAUUUAAAGCAUAAA